AUUAUUCGAAAUCAUUCCAAGAAUUCCUCGCAUUCUUAGGUCUGCAAGUUUGAACUGCAAAAAUGAAAAUAAAAAUAAAAACAUGCAAUUAUUAAUUAUAAAAUUUAUUAUAAUUUUCAUUCAUAAUAAUGAUCUAUGUGUUCUCACUCAUUAUGUGCUGUCAACCAUAUUCGCAUCACGUCUCGCCAUCCAUUUGAUUAUCAUAGAUAAGAUAUCUCACGAGGAGAACUGGUAUGUAUAUAAGUCGACGAGAGAUCUUUGAAAAAUGUACAGCGCGAUCAAACUCCUCUCAUUCGUAAUUAUAGUAUCUGGCUUUUUGCACGUGACCUGUCAUUCGAAAGAGGAACAUUUAUGGUGUUAUGAAUGCAACACGGAUUUAAGACAAGGGCAUAAAGGAGAUUGCAAUGAUCCUUAUACGCCUGGUGCUUUUGACCUGGUUGCCUGUCCUCGGAACGAAUCUUAUCAUUGUCUCAAAAGUAUCGUAUUGUAUAGAAAUAUUUUAGUAACAGUACGAGCCUGCAUAUUAUCACGCCAAGUAAACAAAUACUGCAAUUACGGAGACAGUUUUCCGCAUUCGAAUAUCGAGUGUUAUUUUUGCAAGAAAAACGCCUGCAAUGGUAAAGGAUUAUUUAAUCUGCUGUCAAAAUGGUACCUCGGAUUUGUCGUAAUUAUUUCGUCGUGGAUAUUAACGUGAAAAAUGCGUGCAGAUAAUAAAAUUUUGUAAGAGUUGUGCGUAUAUUGACUUUAAGGUUUUAUACUUAUGUAAUCAUAUAUUAAUAAGAAAUUAUUACAAGUUCUGAAAUGUCUGUUCUUGCUUCUGAAAACGCGACAGAAGCGAUCUUUGAAACUCGAUUAAAUAUAUAAAAAGAUAACGAGGUAGGGAGAAUGCGUU